UUUUUUUCCUUCAGAAUUUCACUUGACAAUGAGAAUCUCCAACAAUUAAAUAUUCAGUUCGAGGGGCGGAUGGCCGAGCCGGUUAAGGCGUAGGCCCGCUGCUCCAGAAGACUCGGGAUCCUAAUCCGGGCAAACAACCAUCCAGGAAUUUUUUUUAUGGGCCAUCCAUUCCGGAUACGUCGAGCCCCGUCCCUCGCCGCCCACAGCCGAAGCUGCGGCGGGCACGGACAAAAGGCCCUCUUAGCAUUCACAGGGCAGAAAGAGGGGGAAAAAGAAUUAUUCAAUGAAUCGAGAAAGUUCUUGAACUUUUCUCUCAAGCCACUUAAGAUGAUGAUGAAGAAAAAAACUGAAUUGAUGUUAUGCAUAUGGCCUUAGUCAUUCAUGCGAAUAGGAAUAACAUGAUUUUUGGCCGAAACGCUAGAAAAUUCCAAUAGUUUCUCUCAUGAGAUGAUAACUGUGAAGUAGAUUCAAGCGUUGAUCGAUUAAUUUUCGGCGAAUAAAGAAAAGGCCAGUGACCCGACUGUUAUCAACAGUUUCCUAAGAGAAUUCACUUGCUAAAAGAAAAGAAUUAAAAAAAACGAGUUGUGUAUAGUCAUCUGCCGAGGGAGCAACGAAGCGGGCGUAAAUGGUCGAACAGUCAACUAAUGGAAGCUUCGAUUUCUACCAGAUAAAAGAGAAAUAUGGAAUGUAACAGUGAGAAUCGUAUGCUAACGAUUCGACUCCGAGAGAAGUGGGUUGGAACAGGACAAAAAUCUAAUAUGAUUUCCAACCCUAUUGCCAAUCUUAUAUAUGUCGCAAUAUUUAGCAUCUCUAUUUCGACAGCGGCUAGAGUAACCUUCCUGAAGAUGACGAAUUUGGAAUAUUCCUCGACUACUUACUACACGUUAAGAAAUUUAUCACUUUACGAAUGCAGAAGAUGGUGUCGAGAAGAACAAGAUUGCGUAGCAGCCACUUUUCGUUACGUGGUUACACCGUUAGCACCCAUAGUAGAAACUACCUGCUAUCUACAUAAUGAAACCCAAGCCAGGAAACCUUCUGUGGCACCGCGUAGUGCAACCAACACUUACUAUCUCAUCAAGAUGUACUUGAAAGCUGAGAAAACAUGCGAUAGGCUUUGGUCCUACGAGAGAUACCCAAACAGGAUGUUGAAAGGCUUGGAUAAUGCCAUAGUUUUUACGAGUGAUCCCGAGUCGUGUUUAUCAGCAUGCGCUAACGAAGAACGAUUUAUAUGUCGGUCCGUUGAAUUUAAUUACGUAACGCUGGAGUGUCAUCUUAGCGAAUUUGAUUUAAGAUCUCAGGGAGUACAAGUACAAAUGGUGGACUCACAGGGGGUAGAUUAUUUCGAAAACUCUUGCUUGCAAGCUAACCAGGUGUGUUUUGAUCGACGUUAUUAUGGAUAUACUCAAUUAGGACUUCCUCAAGCUAUGAUUCGCCACUUUGUCAGCAGGAAUUAUUACCCAGACAAACAGGUUCUGGUGAGUAGUAGAGAUGAAUGUUUGCGACAAUGUACCAUGGAGAAUGCAUUUGUUUGCAGAUCGCUUUUCUUCAGUCCCGAUUCUAGACCUGGAAAAUCAACUUGUAUUUUAUAUCAUCUAGAUCAUUUUACGUUUCCUGAAGGGGCUGACUUAUUUCAGUCUUUAGUAUCGAAAACAAUUAUAGAUCUGUCGCAAACUGGUGGAGUAUAUCUAGAAUCUAUAUGCGACAACUCGACAGCAAUUAGUGCAGAAGCCAAAACGUCACCUUCAGUUUUUGCGGAUGUAACUCAACAAACUACUACAUCUUCGACCCCAAGCGAGGAUAGAGAUCCAUCAUGUGACGCCUAUGGAGUUUGUUACGAUGUAUCCAUAAAAUGUACAGAUAAGAAAAUUGUUAUUUUUGUACAAACCAAUCGUCCAUUCCACGGUCGCGUGUACGCAUUGGGAAGGAGCGAAACAUGCAAUUCGAAUAUACACAAUGGUCAGAAAUUCGAACUGGAUGUUUCUCUAACAGGGCAAGAUUGCAAUACCCAAUCUAUGGGUGGUGUAUACACUAACACAGUAGUCCUACAACAUCACAACGUGGUAUUAACUAAGGCUGAUAAAGUCUACAACGUUCGAUGUACGUACGAAACAACUUCACGUAACGUCACAUUCGGAAUGAUGCCAGUGAGCAGCCUUUACACUCUUAGAGAUCCUGACAUGUUGCAAGUGACAUCAGCACCAGAAGCACCACAACCAAAAAUUGUUAUUUUUGGAGCUGACGGAAGAGAAGCAUCGACUGUCAGGAUCGGCGACAAAUUGACGUUUCAUAUAAAAAUCCCCGAAAAUACUCCUUACGGUAUAUUCGCAAGAAGUUGCGUGGCAAUGGCUAAAGAUGCCAGGAGUACAUUUGAAAUCAUCGAUGAAAGAGGGUGCCCAGUGGACCAAACUAUAUUUCCUAGUUUCAUGGAAGUAGGAAAUGCAUUAGAAAGUACGUACGAAGCCUUCCGUUUCACCGAAUCUUACGGUGUCAUCUUUCAAUGCAACGUUAAGUACUGCAUCGGAAAGUGCGAACCGGCGGUUUGCACUACAAAUUUAGGAAGAGAAGAAUCGUGGGGACGUAAGAAGAGAUCGCCCGAAAAAUCCAAUGACGAAAUGACUUUGAGUCACGAAAUAUUGGUCCUCGAUUUCGGUGACGAAAUCUCUAGAUCCAUGACCGAAAGAUCGCAUUCGGCUAAUGAAUCAUACACCGUUAGAGAAUCCAUAACAUAUUUGGAAAGUUGUGCAUCCAGAACAUCAAUCUUAGCUCUGGCAGUAACUAGUUCUCUGCUACUGAUCUUGUACGUUUGUACAGUCGGAUACUUUCUUGGUCAAAGAAGAAGUAGAAGUAUGAAAACUUUCCAUUAAAACUACAGAAAAAUUAACUUUUAAACUUGGAAGUUAGGACAAUUUAAAGGAUAUUCCGUCAUCCAUCUCAUCUAAAAUUCCAUUUUCACAGGUUUACCUCAUAAUUUUAAGAACGAAAAUAACAUAAUUACGCCAUUAUAUGUUCUUUAUAUUAUUAUAAUUAUUAUUAUUAUUAUUAUUAUUAUAGUUAUUGUCAUCGUUCACUUUUAGAAUGGCCAAAAAUUUAUAUAUUUUCUAACUGUAAAUAUUGGGUUUAAAAAGAAAAAAUACAUUUUUUUUUUUUUUAAUGACUUACUGCACCGCAGACAGUUAAAGCGUUAACGAUAUCGUCAGUCUGUCUGUAGAUCAGUAAGUUAUAUUCACAGCCUGCCCUUUUACAUCAAGUGUUUCAUUAAUUUUUUUGUGAAAUUUUUAAAGUAUUUAUUGACAUAAUCUAUGUUACUUGAUGCAAACUGGGGCAUGCCUUAUUUUUUUUAUAUAUAUACAUAUAUAUAUAUGUAUGUAUAUGUUUGUUAUACUGUAUAUUGUAUGUGUACGUGUGCGAUUUUUAACUUAUACAUUAAAGUUUU